GGUGAACAAAAUUUCAUCACUUCAAACAAUUUUUUUUAGCUAAAUUAGUCGUGAAAAAAAAUACAAUAUUCAACUCCAAAAUAACUAUUCAAUAUUAGCGGAAUAUUAGUGGAUAAAUUAAUCCAUCUGCUGCACCCAAGAAUCCGCCUCUGGUUUAACAAGAGAUCAGAGAAUGCGAGUCCAUUCCCUCACAGUCGGAUGAAAUAGGCCCCUCCCCUCCUGACCCUUCUCCCACAUUACUUAGUUGAGUUGUAAAGCCAGCCUGUCAACCGAAAUUCUCUCCUGCCUUCCACUCGCUAGUUAGUUUAGUUCCAAUGUUGUCUUCAGCGUUCCACGUAUGCGUCGCUAUCGGCCAGCAUUGAAGCGCGUGCGACACGCAAUCGAAUACAAUUUGAGGCACACGAACGGACCAGCAGAUAGUAGAUUGAGUCGCGGUACGAUGUGCUGUGAGGUCGUCGAUUUGCGACCGCAGGAAAAGCAGUGCUCGCAGUGAUGUGAUCAGUGACAUGCCGGAGAAAGAGGCGGAUUUCCAGACCGCCAUGUCCGCUGGACUACCCGUGCAGUUUCCAUCGGCGUUCGCCGCCUUCCACGCGCCCUUGCCCGUCGACCAGAGGACCCACGAGGGACGGUACGUUUGGGACCACAGGAUGCAACCGCCAGCUGGGGCUUUCCAUCCGCCGGCGCCGCCAAGUGUUGGUGGAAGUCCUGGAAGCGGUCUACUUCUUGGCAGAGAACUUCAUCCGGCAUAUCGGUUGCCUCCACACAUGGAGUACUUGUAUUCUCUUCAACAUUCCACGAAUAACUCCAUUCACGGUCUGGGAUUGAGUCCAGAGUACUUAAGUGCUAGAGGUCUAACAGAAGUCCAUCCUGCAUCCACUCUAGGAAGCUCUGAAUUUCCAUUUAGUAUAGAUGGUUCCAGAUUGAACAGUCCCCGACCAGGCAGCAUCCGAGCGUCGCGAAAGCGAGCCCUGUCCUCGUCGCCCUACUCCGACUCCUUCGACAUAAAUUCCAUGAUACGGUUCUCGCCCAACUCCCUCACGUCUAUCGUAAAUGGAUCCAGAUCGUCGAGCGCCAGCGGUUCCUACGGGCAUCUCUCCGCCGGAGCGAUCAGCCCCGCUUUGGGCAUGCACCCCAUGCACCUGCAGCAGCUCCAGGCGCACCUCAUGCGCAGCUCGGGCUCGCUGCUGCCGCUGCCGCCCGCCGCGCCGCCCCCCCAUCCGAUGUACUCGCUCGGCCACCACCCCCUGCACGUAUCUCACAACGUUAAGACUGAACUAUUAAACGACAGAAAGAAGUCCGAGAGUAGCACGGUAACUCAAUUGGACGCGGACUCGACGUCGAGGAAAUCGAAGGUCAAGAAGGAACCGUCGCCGAAUUCCUGCGGCCAGGACGGUCAGAACGAUCCCACCGAUCUCAAGGAUGAACCCGGCGAUUUCAUCGAGACCAAUUGCCAUUGGAAAGACUGCUCGACGGAGUUCGGUACGCAGGAGGAACUGGUGAAGCACAUCAACAACGAUCACAUACACGCGAAUAAAAAAUCGUUCGUAUGCCGAUGGGAGGGCUGUUCGAGGGCGGAGAAGCCGUUCAAAGCUCAAUAUAUGCUGGUGGUUCACAUGAGGCGGCACACUGGCGAGAAACCCCACAAAUGCACGUUUGAAGGAUGCGCCAAAGCUUAUUCGAGACUGGAAAACCUGAAGACCCAUCUGCGAUCUCACACCGGCGAAAAACCCUACACCUGCGAGUACCCAGGCUGUGCGAAGGCCUUCAGCAACGCUUCGGAUAGAGCCAAACAUCAAAACCGUACGCACAGCAACGAGAAACCGUACGUAUGUAAAGCCCCGGGUUGUACGAAGAGAUACACGGAUCCCAGCUCGCUUCGCAAGCACGUCAAGACCGUCCACGGGGCGGAGUUCUACGCCAGCAAGAAACACAAAGGCACGGAACAAGGUCCCGACGACGGCCCCACCGGGCUGGAUUCCAGUCCUCGCAGCGAAGACAUGCAAAGCCACAAAACGGCGAGCCUCAGCAGUCCCAGCAUCAAGUCCGAAUCCGACGUCAAUUCGCCGGGACAACACCAGCAAGGAAGUCCCUUGGGAACCACCCAACUUGCAGGACUUGGCGGUUUUAACGACGAUCUUCCGGGCGAUAUCGGUGGAAGUCUCGCGCCGACCGACGACAUUCCGUGGACCUACGACGCGGAGGAUCUGGAAAUCGACGAGUUACCUGUGGUUUUAAGGGCGAUGGUAGGAAUCGGCGGCGAGAGGGGAGCCCUAGCGGUCACCGAGCGAACGCCCAGAGUGAGAAUGAAGCAUCUUACUAAAGGAAAACCAACGGCUAUUCCAUCGGUGACCAAUCAAAGGAAGAACAUCGCCGAUUUGAAUCGAAGAAUAACCGAUUUGAAAAUGGAAGGCAACAACACCGUAACCGCGCAAACUAAAACGCAGCUGACCGAUCUCCAGCAACGCCUCCAACCGUCCGGGGGAAUCACGCAGGCCCAAAUCCGAAGGGACAGCAAUUCGACAGUAAGUUCCUACUACGGAAGCAUGAGAAGCGCCGACAUGAGCCGGAAGAGCAGCUUGGCCUCGCAGGCUUCCAGUAUGAGGCCUGGAGUAGCUCCCGGCUCUUUCUACGAUCCGAUAUCGGCCGGCAGUUCGAGGCGAUCGAGCCAAUUGUCCACCACCACAACGGGAGGUACUUGCAUUCCUCCACCGCCGCCUUCCCAUCUCCUCGCCGGUCAACUGCAAAAAUUACAAAAUUCACCGACGCCUACGAACAACAGCAAUUUAGUGCUACAGACGCAAAAUAUGUCACUGCAACAAACUGCUAUACAACAAACGUGGUUAUCGAAUAUACCUUCAACUACUACCAGUACGGAUAAUCGAAGACUGUCGGAACCUUGUCACACGUUGACGGAUAGAAAAAGUCCACCACCACGUCCCGCUUCGGUGUCCCUGUCGCCCCUGAAGGGCAGCGUGAAUUCCUCCGAACUACACCCCAACCAAGCCGUCGUCCUCGACGAAGUGGGCGAGGGCGAAAUGGUGGAAAACAAGCUGGUCAUACCCGACGAAAUGGUCAGGUACUUGAACCAAGUGGCCGACAAACAGAACGCCAUGGGCUGGUCGGACGCGAACCACGCCAAACCGCUGGGCAGCCCGUCGAGCUUCGCGCUACCGUCGCCCCAAAACAUGUCGCCGUCGGGCAUAAGCCAAAUCUUGCAGUCCCCCUCGAACAACCUCAACCAGAUGAUGCCGUCGCCGACGGGCGCGCAACUGAACCAAAUGAUCCACUCGCCGCCGUCGAACGUCAGCCAAAUGAUGCCGUCGCCGGCGCCCAGCAAUCUCAACCAAGUGAUGCCGUCGCCGGCGUCGAAUUUGAACCACGUGAUGCACUCGCCGUCGUCGAAUUUGAACCAGAUGAUGCACUCGCCGUCGUCGAAUUUGAACCAGAUGAUGCACUCGCCGUCGUCGAAUUUGAACCAGAUGAUGCACUCGCCGUCGUCGAAUUUGAACCAGAUGAUGCACUCGCCGCCGUCGAAUUUGAACCAGAUGAUACCGUCGCCGGCUUCGAACCGGAACCAGAUGAUGCCGUCGCCGGCGGCGAAUUUGACGCAAAUGAUGCCGUCGCCGGCGGCGAACGCCAUGAAGAUCGUCGCGCCGGCGUCGGCGCACAACCUCAACCAGAUGAUGCAGCCGCAAAUGAUGAACCAGCCCAACUACCAGCCGAACUACAACAUGAUGCAGCAGCAGCAGCAGCAGCAGCAGCAGAACGUGAACCAAAUGCCGGCGCGCUGCCAAUCGCAGAUGAUGAACGUGAAUUGCUUCAACAGACCGAUGAACUGCUACGGGAAUAACGUCCAGCAUUGGGACGGUUGCGGUUGCCAGGACAAUCACGCCUGCAGACAGAUGAACAACUACAACAACUCGAACCACUACUGCAACAAUCACUACAACCAGAACCACUACGGCUGCAACAACUACCAGAACGGUUACAAUUGCGUGCAGAACAUGCCGGAGCAGCCGCUGCCGUCGCCCGCCAUGGCCACACCGGCUCCGUCGGAGAUCAUGAGCCAGCCGCAACCGGCUCAGAUGUCCCGGCCCUGUUCGCAUUACGCCCCGAACUGUUACCCGAACGCGGCUUACGCGAGCCAGUGUCACGGUUGCGCGAACUGCAAGAAGCCGGGCUACAAUCACUGUUGCAAUCAAACCAACGAGAUCCAAUGCAACGACGUGAGCCAGUCGCAAAUGUCGCCGGGCGUGGCCGGCAACAACGGCACGACGAUGCUCGGCAUGCGGCAGGACACCUACCAGAGGACGUUGGAGUACGUGCAGAAUUGCCAGUCGUGGGUGAACAAUUCGGAUACGGUGAGCAGCACCACGCAUCCCUUGAACAACGUCGGGGACAAGCCCAGUUCGAAUAUGGUUGUUAACGAUAUGACUUCGUCGCUGAGUUCUUUGUUGGAGGAAAAUAGGUUUUUGCAAAUGAUUCAGUAGUUUUUCAGAUAUCGUACUCGUAGAACGGGAGUUUCGCGAGUUUAGGAAUAGAAGCACCGGUUAGUACGUCACGUCAUCUAGCUCAUAUUAUAAUAAAUUAUAAAUUUAUGAUAUUUCGAUUUUUUACGCAUUGUAAUUGUACCUACUUCUUGGAAAAUUUUAUAUUAGAAAAUAGAUAAAUUUUUUUGGAUAUGCCUAUAAAUGUUCAUCUUGAUAUGAAAUUUUUUUAAGAGUAAAACAGUGAUAAAACUGUUCGAAAUGUUUUGUUAGAGUUAGACUGUACAAAUAUUGUAUGAAAUGUAUAUUGUGAUAUGUAAAUUAAAUUUUGCAAUACUGAUUUUUAUGUUAGUUAAUUAUAAAGGCUUUAAAUAUUUUUUUUGUGAAUAACUUAAAAUUUCAUAGAACUUUAUUCGAUUCUCACUUGUAAUGUAUUAAUUUAUAUGUUAAUUUGGGGUCUAUUAUUGAUCUCGAUAUUAUUUUGUAAGGCCACAUACUGCCAUAUUUGUACAUCUUAUAUACGAAUAUUGUUUAAUAAUUGUUGUAAAUAAUUUUAUGUUAUAUUUUAUAACUGCAAUGAAAA